ACUUCAAGUCCCUCCCUGUUUGAAUCUCAUUAGUUUCUUGUGUGUUUCUCCCUGUCAAUAAUCCCGAAUCCAGACUCUCUCUAUUUCCAUCCCUCUCUAUCUGUCAAUCAGCGCCGCCUUUGAACUGAAAACCACUCCGACCAACUUCAACUCUCUCAAUCCGAGCGCCGCGGCUCCUACUCCGGCUUCCCCUUUUCCGAGAGUCCCCCUUCUUUUUUGGACUUUUCUUUUUUUCCAAAGGGGGGACAGAACGUAACAAACGCCUUUUCCAAGGGGGGGAAGCGGUCAACAAGACACCCCGAAACUUUUUCGACGGUGAGGGUUUUUUAAAGUUUCUUUUUUUUCCAGCCCCCCCCUCCCAACAACCAAGAGGAGCAGCCGCCUUCACUAACGCCGAAAGUGGGGAACGAAAAUGCCGCAACUUAACGGCGGUGGAGGGGACGACCUGGGCGCUAACGAUGAGAUGAUCUCCUUUAAAGACGAAGGGGAGCAGGAGGAGAAAAUCUCAGAAAACUCUUCGGCGGAAAGGGAUUUAGCGGACGUGAAGUCUUCGCUCGUCAAUGAGUCGGAAACGAAUCAGAACAGCUCGUCCGACUCGGAGGCGGAGAGACGGCCUCCGCCUCGGUCUGAAACUUUCCGAGACAAAACGCGAGAAAGUUUAGAGGAGGCUGCGAAAAGGCAAGAUGGAGGGCUGUUCAAGAGCCCACCGUACCCAGGCUACCCGUUUCUUAUGAUCUCUCCGGAUCUCGCCAGUCCCUACCUUCCCAAUGGAUCACUUUCCCCGACAGCACGCACAUACCUACAGAUGAAAUGGCCCCUGCUAGAUGUUCAACCAGGAGGUCUUCAGAGUAGACAAGCACUUAAAGAUGCCAGGUCACCAUCACCGGCACACAUCGUUGGGCCCUUCUGCUGGGAAUUCCCUGGACAGUCAGAUCUGAGCCUUCACCAAUUUCAUUUGUCUAAUAAGGUUCCAGUGGUUCAGCACCCUCACCACGUGCACCCUCUCACACCUCUGAUCACCUACAGCAAUGAGCACUUCACACCGGGAAACCCACCACCACACCUACAGACAGACGUGGACCCCAAAACAGGAAUUCCAAGGCCUCCGCAUCCUCCAGAUAUAUCUCCUUAUUAUCCGCUGUCACCUGGCACCGUAGGCCAGAUCCCCCAUCCACUGGGAUGGUUAGUACCACAGCAAGGUCAACCUGUUUAUCCAAUCACAACAGGGGGUUUUAGACACCCCUACCCAACUGCGCUCACUGUCAACGCAUCCAUGUCAAGUCUUCUGUCCUCUAGGUUCCCCCCACACAUGGUGCCCCCCCACCACAGUUUGCACACAACGGGCAUCCCACACCCGGCCAUCGUCACGCCCAACGUCAAGCAGGAAUCCUCCCACAGCGACAUCAGCUCCCUCAACAGCUCGAAACAGUCAGACGCUAAAAAGGAGGAGGAGAAGAAGAAGCAGGUUCACAUAAAGAAGCCCCUGAACGCCUUCAUGCUGUAUAUGAAGGAGAUGCGCGCCAAGGUGGUGGCCGAGUGCACGCUGAAGGAGAGUGCCGCCAUCAACCAGAUCCUGGGCCGAAGGUGGCACGCGCUAUCGAGGGAGGAGCAGGCCAAGUACUAUGAGCUGGCCAGGAAAGAACGACAGCUCCACAUGCAGCUCUACCCCGGCUGGUCAGCCCGGGACAACUAUGCGGCUAACCAACAGGGGAAAAGGAAGAAGAGAAAAAGGGAAAAGCAGCAAGCGGAGAGCAACGAACACAGAGAAUAUUUUCCAAACCCUUGCCUUUCACUCCCUCCGAUUACAGACCUGAGCGCCCCUAAGAAGUGUCGAGCGCGCUUUGGGCUCGACCAACAGAAUAACUGGUGUGGCCCGUGCAGGAGGAAAAAAAAGUGCAUUCGCUACAUCCAAGGUGAAGGCAGCUGCGCCAGUCCUCCCUCAUCGGACGGAAGCUUCCCAGACUCCCCCCCCUCCUCACCCUCCUCCUCCGUGGUCCCGUCCCCCUCGCCAAAAGAGUCCAAACCUCAGACUGAACAAAUGCAGCCUCUCUCACUGACAAUGAAACCUGCCCACCAGCCACUCCAUCACUCGCAGCACCUCCUGGCCGGGCCGCCUGACAACACGAGUAAAACGCCCUCCGCUGCCUCCUCGUCCUCGUCCACCUCCUCCCACAAUGGCGCCCCAGAGCACGGCGACGUCCCACCCUCGCGGCACCCGGUGGUUUCUUCCAUGGUCCGGCCCUCUCCGCUGUUGUGUCAUUCCCACUCGCUCCUCCAGCCUCUGUCGCUAGUGACCAAGUCUAUAGAGUAGUCGGACCUUCCUGUUCUUCUUAUUUACUCGCUAGCCGUUUAUUUUUGUUUCUGCGCCACACGGCUUUGAAAUUUCUUUUUUGUAAAGUUCAUUGGUCAAUAUUUGACCCAGCAUGAAAAUGAUUAUUCUAAAGCCACACAACAAUUAGCUCUUUAGCCUCGUGAAUCUGCCAAAAACGUUUUCAACUUUCAAGCGUUGGUUCUCCAUCUUUAUUUGUAUUAAAUACGAGCUCACGAACCAAUCGGAUCAUCCGGGAGGGGCACACCGAGGAACAACUUAUAAUCGUGAUGUUACUUGUUCUUGUUUAAAUGUACAGAAUAAAAAGUGGGGCUGGUUGGGUACGGGUGGGGUGGGGUGAGGUUGGGUGCGGGGGAGAGUACUGUGUUUAAUUAUGCAUUCUUCCACUGCUUUUGUCUUUUUCUUUGUUGUUUACCUUUUCGGGAGGCGGGCGGGCUCCGGGGGAGGUUCGGGUGGGAGGGGUUGUUUUAAAAAAAACAAAAACAAAAACCAAAAAAAAACCACGCUAGGACCAGUAGUAUUUAUUGCUUUAGAGAUUGCUCGUCGUAUCUUGUAUGUGUCUCUUUUUGACGUUUUUUCUUUUCUUAAAAUGUUGUACAAAUAUUUUUUCUUAAGGUUAAGCGACUUAUAUAAUAUACGGAUGAUCCAUUUUUACAAGGAGGUUUUCAAUCAUUUCUUUUCGCGUUUCUGUUGAUUUUGUUCUUUCUCCCCCCCACUCUGUGUACUGUGUAGAUCUCAUCAACCCAACAUAUGCACAUCUCGACAAGAAGCCAUUUUACGAGAAAGCGGGACACCUCGAGACAAGCGGCGUCUUCUGAAGCCCUUUCUUUUCUUCAUCUCUCCCGACUGUUUGAUUGGUGUACAGAGUUCCCGUGCCAAAUUUUGUGAUAACCUCAUCUCUGUUUCAUUUGGACGCCAUCUUUUUUGCUGUGACGUUACAUAGAUUGCUAUGUAUGUAGUAUAAAUGUUGCUAUAACAAAAAUGUGUUUGGUAGCAAAUUGUCAAAUAUAAAAAUUUAAACCUAAUAAAAAAAUAAAAAAUAAAAAACAGGAAGGACAUCAUACUGUAUAAAACCCACCAAGGGCCAAAUUAUGUAUAUUAGGAGGUUCAUAAAAAAACGUAUUAAAUACAAAAAAAUACACAAACUGCCACUUUUAAGUACACAACUACAUAUAGGUAGCUAGAAAAAAAAUAGGCAUGUUGAUGUUGCAAGAGGCUGUAAAAUAAUGAGAAAAAAAGCUACAAGAAAUCAUCCACUCAUUGUAGUUGACAUGACGCGACUGUAAUCUGUCUAUUUCUUCUCUGGUUUAUUAAGAUGCUAAUGAUAAAUAGUUUGAAUGUUUCCUUAACGGCUGUGAUGUUCCUGUUCUCUUUUAUGCUCUUAUCCUUUUUUCCUUUUCUUUCUUCCUUUGUUUUUUUCCCCUGUUAUUUUUCAAUGGCUCCCGAAAAGCCAUUGUUUUUUGUAAUGAAUAAAUGUUAAUGCUGUACAGUCUCUGUAGCAUGCAGUUCUGUAUUAAUAAAAGCAACUUAGUAUGU